GUACCAAUUCACAGCUGCUUCCAGACUAUUCUGUAACAUCUUAAUCAUCAACCUCGCCAUCCUCGAGGCUUACGAGUCGCCAUCUGCCUACUAUCAUUUAUUUAUUUUUCUUCCAGUAUUUUUAUUCAUAGAAAAGAAGUAUAUAAGAAGACCCCUCUACAUAUUUUUCAAAAAUGGCAUCUCCAUCAAUCGAGGCUGAAGAUACCAGCUACGUCAAAAUGGAUAAAGGAACCGACGUGUCGCUUAUCGGCAAACAUUGCCAACUCGAAUACUGCAACCAGCUCGAUUUCCUACCUUUCUUCUGCCAGAGCUGCAAGAAGACGUUCUGCCUCGACCACCGGACCGAGACCGCUCACAAAUGCGCCAACGCCGGCGCGUGGGCCGAGCGGCGGCGACAAGCGCAGCUGGCUAAACCGUCGGCGGGCGAGGGCAAGCGCAUGCGCGAUCUCGUCUCGCAGAAGCCGUGCGCCGCGACAGACUGUAAGACCGUCGUCGGCACGUCCCUGGUGCCCGGAGUCCACUGCUCGUCCUGCAAUCGCGACUACUGUCUCAAGCACCGGCUAAAGGAGGAACACGACUGCAAGAACAAGAUCCCCAUCGGCGCGCGACCCCAGUUCGACGUCUCCGAACAGACGAAAUCCGCGUUCGCGAAAUUGAAGGCCUGGGGCGCCGCCAAGAGAGAAGUGGCCACUCGGGCGCUGCCAAAGCCUAAACCUACCUCGGCGUCGGCGCGCCUUGUCGCGGUCAAUAAUCUGAAGAAGGUUGCUAAGGGCGAUGCGAAACUACCACCUGAGAAGAGGGUGUACCUCUUUGUAGAGGCGGAGGCCGAGACGACUACGGCCAAGAACUACAAGGGCGAGUUUUUCUACUCGAAGGACUGGGUCAUUGGCCGGGUAUUGGAUGCCGCAGCCAGGAGCCUACAGAUCGAAAACGUCAACAACCAGUCUUCCGAGGAGAGAGAUAAGCUUCGAGUAUUCCACGUGGAAGGCGGGCGAGUGUUGGAAUUCAACGAGAAGGUCGGUUCUGCUCUCGUGAGUGGUAACACGAUAGUGUUACUGCGAGGUAUAGGGCCACCGCCUGAUCUUAUCGAGCUGUAAACCCAACCUUAUAAGAUACGAUUUUUAUUGCAUUUAAGCGGCGUUUCUAAGAUUUGCAUUUCAAAAACGGAGCGGAGAUACCUUCAUAAAUGGGAGCAGAGCAUUUGAUUGGUAUUUAUGGAGUUGCUAUAUAGAUAUAGCCCUGAAGCGCA